AUGAAUCGGUUCUGCGUGAAUCAAAUAACAGGGUCACAAGCUGUUGGACAAUCUGAUGAUGCCAUGCAGCAGCCUAGAAUUGGGAAAGCCGGCCCAAAGGGUGAAAAGGGAAGUACCGGAGAUCCUGGUACCGUAAACUACACUGCUAUAGAAAAGAAAACUGAAAAUCGGAUUAACGUGAAGCUUGAACGAUUAGAGCGGUUACUCGAAGAAGAAAAAAUAGAAAACGAAAAAAAAUAUGACGAGAUAAAAAAUGUUACAGAUGAAAUAACAAAAGAACGGCAACGCCGGAGCAUUUCGGGAUGUGAACAGGUGUCGCAAGAUGAUGCAAAAUUGUGGGAUGGCCGAGGAGGAGUUUUUGAUAUUUAUCGCAACAAUAAUAAAUACGAAGUUUAUUGCGAUCUUACCACAGAUGGAGGAAAAUGGACGGUGUUUCAACGUCGAGUAGAUGGCACAGAAAGUUUUGAUCGUGGGUGGGAAGAAUAUGCUGAAGGAUUCGGACGUAAAACAGGAGAAUUUUGGCUCGGUCUUGAAACGAUUCAUCAAUUGACCAAGGAUGGAACUUACGAACUAAGGAUUGAUUUGUCCGACUGGAAUAAUAAUGUUGCUUAUGCAAAAUAUAGUACUUUCAAAAUAAGUGGAAGAGAAGAUAAUUAUAGACUGACCCUUUCUGGAUAUUCGGGGACGGCAGGAGACGCUCUGAACGGUCAUAACAGCAUGCAAUUUUCGGCUCCUGACAAAGAUUUGGAUACUUGGAGUGAUCAUUGUUCGAAAUAUUUAAGAGGUGGAUGGUGGUUUGUGAAUUGCAACUAUUCGCAUUUGAAUGGAGAAUAUCUUAGAACCAUGCGAUCAACUAGUGCUGGAAGAGCUGGAAUCAUUUGGUCCGGCCAAACAAAGAAGACGUCGGUGAUGAUGCUGAGAAAAAUUUAAAUGUUCAAUUUUCACAUUUUAAUUCGGAUCAUGCGUUACUUCCAUCGCUAAAAAUGAUUAUCCAAUAGGUUUUAUCAUUAGUAGGAUUCAUGACUACUUUUUCCUUUCUCCAGUUGCAUAUUUCAUUUAAAAUUAUAGCCUACUCGCUCUAUCGGCGGCAAAUCGAUUAUAAGGCCAACUACAAAGAUAUCAAAAUUUAUUCAAUAGAUGGGCCAUUUUUCUGAUUCCAAGAAGAGAAACACGAAAAUUUAUGGCAAUUAAAAAAUAACUGUAAAACAAAAUAACUAUGCUGCGAAAAGAUUUUUAUCAAUGAAUACAUGGCAAAAAGUAGGAUUACGUUAUGGCGUCAUAUUUUUCUAUAAAAUUCCAGUAAAGUUGGAUAAGAAAUUCUGAACACAUAAAUA